CAGCUGUCUCCUGUCAGUUCCUGAGUGAACUUGGUUAGGUGUUGUUUGGUGGUCGUUCAUUGUAGCAGUUGCGAGAACAAUUUAGUCUCGCCGCCAGCGCUUUGUUCUUUCCAAUUUCAACGAAACAAUGCGUUAGUAAUGGCACCUAGUUUAAGUAAAUAUGCCAACAAAAAUUAUGUUAUCGCUGCUGCCGGCGUCUCUGCCCUUAUGUGGAUUUUGGCGAGCAGAAGAAAAGCGCAACUUGGGGAACAAAUCAAGAAAAAGGCGAAAAGUUCGGACAAAGAAGAAGAUGUGAAAUACAUGAUCGCCGAGAAAUCUAGCCUAACGGUCAAGGCUCAGGUCGAUAGGAAAUUUUUCAGUCAGUUAGGACAGCUCCUUAAAAUUGUGAUACCUGGAAUAACUACCAAAGAAUCCUUCUUGAUGGCAUUGGUAGCUAUGAGUUUGAUCGCUAGAUCCGCCUGUGAUAUAUGGUUGAUCAACAAUGGAACAAAAAUUGAAAGUGCUAUCGUCUCGAGAGAUGCCGAUCUGUUCAAGAAACGCCUGAUGAAGCUACUCGUCGCCAUACCUGUCAUUUCGGUGGUGAACAACGUCCUCAAGUACUCAAUUGGCGACCUGAAGAUCAGACUCCGAACAAACAUGACCAAGAAACUCUACGAGGAAUACCUCAGCAAUUUCACUUACUACAGGAUCGCCAACUUGGACAACAGGAUCGCGAACGUAGACCAGCUUCUGACCAACGACGUGGACAAGUUCUGCGAGAGCGUGGCGGAUUUAUAUUGCAACACCGCCAAACCUCUCUUGGACAUCGGGAUUUACGUCUACAAGUUGUCGACCACGGUUGGUGGAGGCACGCCGGGGUUGAUGUUAGGUUAUCUGCUUCUAUCUGGCGUCUUACUGACUCAUUUGAGAAAACCAACGGCCAAACUGACUGCCGGUGAACAAAAACUUGAAGGGGAGUUCAGGCAUAUAAAUUCACGUCUUAUUACUCACUCCGAAGAGAUAGCUUUUUAUAACGGAAACGCGAGGGAGAAAACCACCCUCCUGGCUAGUUACAACAAGUUGUUGAACCACCUGAACCAAUUUUUGAGAUUCAAGACGAUCAUGGGUAUGACCGAUAAUUUUGUCGCGAAGUAUUUCGCCAGCGUGGUGGGAUUCUUGGCCGUUUCAUUGCCUUUCCUCUCCCCAACUCACCCCUUGUACACCGACACCCAUGGUGAAAGGUCGAGACUGUAUUACACCUAUGGGCGGAUGUUGGUGAAGCUGGCCGAAGCCAUAGGGAGGCUGGUGCUGGCAGGUCGGGAACUGUCGCGUUUGGCUGGUUUCACAGCGAGGGUCACACAGCUGAGGGAAGUGCUGAAGGAUCUGAACGAAGGCAAAUACCAAAGGACGAUGGUGGCCGGAUCGGAAAACCUCGACAUACACGGCGGUAAAAUCGUGUUCAAGAACAACAUAAUCAAAUUCGACAAAGUGCCUUUGAUAACGCCCAACGGCGAUGUUCUGAUCAAGGAGAUCUCCUUCGAGAUCAAAUCGGGGAUGAACGUGCUGGUCUGCGGGCCUAACGGCGCGGGGAAAUCCUCCCUUUUCAGGGUUUUAGGGGAGCUCUGGCCUCUCUUCGGCGGGGAACUCACAAAACCGCCGCGUGGUAAACUCUUCUACGUCCCGCAGAGGCCUUAUAUGACCUUAGGCAGCUUGAGAGAUCAACUCACGUACCCCCACUCAGGCGCUGAGGCUCUGAGACGAGGCAGUUCGGACGUUCAACUUGAGCAGUAUCUGAACCUCGUCCACUUGGAGUAUCUUCUAGAGAGGGAGGGUGGUUUGGACGCCGUCGCCGAUUGGUUGGACGUGCUGAGCGGUGGGGAAAAACAGAGGAUCGCCAUGGCGAGGCUCUUCUAUCACAAGCCUCAAUUCGCCAUUUUGGACGAGUGCACCAGCGCGGUUUCAGUUGACGUCGAGGGUAGCAUGUACAGUUAUUGUAGGGAAGUUGGCAUCACAUUACUGACUGUUUCGCACAGGAAAUCACUAUGGAAACAUCACGAAUUCGUUUUACAUCUGGACGGAAGGGGGGGUUAUACCUAUCAGCCGAUAGAGUCGGCUGAGGAGUUUGGAUCUUAAGGUUCCUAUAGGUGUUGAUUAUUCGAGAUUAUUUAGAUGAAUUUAGUUGGAGACUGAUGAUGUUUCUGGUUUUCAUAGCCUCAAGUCUGGGAACUGAUUUCUAUUGGAUCAAUUGAAAGUGUAAAUAUACUGAUUAAGCUGUACACAGCUUUAAAAUAUUGGAAUUGGAAAAGAGGAACAUUUAAGUCUCAAAUUUUUCUAUAAAGUCAAGUAUACAUUGGAAUGUUUCCCAGAUUUUCUUAUGAUUAUCCAGAAAUGUCGAAAUAAAGAUGGUCUCGUGUUUCUUUUGUGAUUUAUGAAGGGUUCACAAUGUUAAUAUAUUACCGAUUGAAAUCAUUUCGAUGUUUUUAUGUGUGCUUCCUAAUAUGUGAUAAAUGAAUUUAUUCUUUGGACGAAAACUGAUCCAUUCCAAGUCGUUUUAGGUGUAAAAAGGAAUGUAAACAUUGUAACAUUUUUGUCCCCGGUGUUUUUAAGCCGUUGACGACUUUUACUUGGGAGAAAUAGUAGAGAAUUGUGUUAUGUUCAUGUUUUGAAUGUACCUUGAAUAACUUAUUAUGUUACCUGUUUUAUCACAUUAUAUUAUUAAGUGGACACUUUUAUAAAGUAAAUUAUUUAAGCAUCAUGUUGUUUAUUUGGUCCUUCUUCUGUUAUAUCUUAAUUAGAAAGGUAAAAACUAGCUGUCACAUGAAUUUUAUUUUUGAAGACAUAAUAAAAAAUUCUUAAAA